UUUCAUUUGAUCCAGCUCGCUGGGCUUCUAAUUUCUGAUGCGAUUCAACUGGAAACAUUAAGAGCACUGCAGAUGAUUGGCUGAGCUGUUUGCCACUCAGCCAGUCCGGAGGGGGCGGGUCUUUGUGCCCCCGCGCGGCGCUCCAGCCACCGGAGCGGAGAGGAACAGCUGGCCUCAGCCCCAGCCUGUCAGUGACCUGUCUCUGCUAGAGGAAGCUAGCUGCGUGCUGUUUUCCCUAAUAGUGAUGCUAACUGACCGAGCGCACGGAGUUUUUGGACUUCCUGUUACUACGGUAACGGCGAGUUGCCCUCCGCGUGUUGUCUGAGCACAGCUGGAGCGCGAGCGCUGCUCGAGGUGCUGAAAGCUUCGCGAGCCGCGAGGAGAGGAGACAAGGAGAGGAGAGAUGAGGAGACAGCAGCUCUGUGUGGCGGGCUUUUUACUCGCCUGGAAACUAGUCCAGUUCCUCAGUGUGGGUCAGUGUAAGGAGGUAGACAAUGCUGCGAGGACACGGCAGGUCCCAAUGUCUCCUUCUGAUUUCCUUGACAAACUGAUGGGGAGGACAUCUGGAUACGAUGCCAGGAUAAGACCCAACUUCAAAGGUCCUCCAGUCAACGUUUCGUGUAACAUCUUCAUCAACAGCUUUGGCUCCAUUGCUGAAACCACUAUGGACUACAGGGUAAAUAUCUUCCUCCGUCAGCAGUGGAAUGACCCCAGGCUCGCCUAUGCAGAAUACCCAGAUGACUCUCUGGAUCUGGACCCCUCUAUGUUAGACUCCAUUUGGAAGCCAGACCUGUUCUUUGCCAAUGAGAAGGGGGCCCACUUUCACGAAGUCACUACAGAUAACAAACUGCUCAGGAUAUUUAAGAAUGGGAAUGUUCUGUACUCUAUCAGGCUAACAUUAACGCUGUCAUGCCCCAUGGAUCUAAAAAACUUCCCUAUGGAUGUUCAGACCUGUAUCAUGCAGCUGGAGAGCUUUGGUUACACCAUGAACGACCUGAUCUUUGAGUGGCAGGAAAAUGGACCAGUCCAAGUGGCCGAAGGCCUCACGCUCCCACAGUUCAUCCUCAAAGAUGAAUCAGACCUCAGAUACUGCACCAAGCACUACAACACGGGUAAAUUUACUUGUAUUGAGGUGCGCUUCCACCUGGAGCGGCAGAUGGGCUACUACCUGAUCCAGAUGUACAUUCCGUCUCUGCUCAUCGUCAUCCUGUCCUGGGUCUCCUUCUGGAUCAACAUGGAUGCUGCCCCGGCCAGAGUGGCUCUGGGCAUCACCACAGUCCUCACCAUGACAACGCAGAGCUCAGGCUCCAGGACUUCACUGCCAAAGGUCUCUUAUGUGAAGGCCAUAGACAUCUGGAUGGCAGUGUGUCUUCUCUUCGUCUUCUCAGCACUGCUGGAGUAUGCUGCUGUCAACUUUGUGUCGAGGCAACAUAAAGAGCUGCUGCGAUUCAGAAGGCAACACAAGAACAAGAGCAAGAGCAGUGGAGCUGCAGUCGAUCCACAGGAGCUUGCUGAUUCCCUUCAUCGUGUUAAUGUUGACAACAGCCUCAAACCAGCAGAGCCUCCUAAUGGAUCUCUGAACAACAUCUGCACCAACAACCACAGCAGGGUAACUAACAUCUGCACCAACAACCACAGCAGGGAAGGGGAAGUACACGAGAGCAGACUGACCUCCACUCCGAGUAAGAGCAAGGACACGAAGGCCAGCGCCAACAAUGCUGUUACUGUACUAAACACCAAGAAUGCACCUGGAACAGCAGCAGGUGGAGGGGGGAAAAGCAUUGAAGAGAUGAGGAAGCUAUUCAUCGACAGAGCCAAAAAGAUUGACACUGUGUCAAGGGCCGGCUUCCCUCUGGCCUUCCUCUUCUUCAACAUCUUCUACUGGGUUCUUUAUAAGAUCCUUCGAUAUGAAGAUGUACUCAAGCAAUAGAGAAAGAAAGAGCAUGUGAGCACACACACACACAUCCUUCUACCUCUAUUCAUACGAGGACACUUAAUUAGCCACUUUCUCUUUCCUUAACCCUGACCUGUAGGAGCAUUCAGGAUGACCUCACCUUUUCAAAACGCUCCUGAUUCUGAAGGCAUAAAUGGUCAUAUUAGUUCUCACAAAUAAUUUAAACUUAGCACAAAAAGUAAGGAAAUUUGUGUUUGGUAGAUUAUUUCUCUGUGGUAACAAUGCUUUUGGCAAUACAUUUUAUACCGUUGGAAAGCCUGUUUAGUUUCUGUCAUGGGGCUACCUCAUGCCUUCAUUUAAGCCAGUGGUAGCAUUGGUCUUAGCAUGCAAAGCUAACCCUAGCAUGAGCGUUAGCAUAGGACUGUUAGCAUUACUAUUAGCAUGUGGGCUAGCAUCAAUGGACACAUGGCUUGUCAUUUCAAGUCAUUUCAUUUCAAUGUAUUUAAGUACUAGUCGAAGGAGUAGAAAUCAUGAUUUGAUGAAUACAACACAUACACAGUUAAUUUCAAGUCAUUUAUUUAGGAUUAUUGGAUUAACCCAAGGUCAUCCAAAUGUUUGCAUGUUUCACUCACCUGUUCUCAUCUUCAAGCAGGGAUCUGGGUUGACAGAGUCUGGAGUAAUUUAUAGGGGGGAAGAAAUGGAAUGGUCCAAGUGUAAGCCAGUUCAGAGGGGGUACUGGAGUGCCUAAAGUUUUCUGUUUUGAGAAGCUUGUUCAGCAUGUAACAUUUAAUUUCUGGUUUUAUAGUCGGUAUCUUGUGUAUUAAUGUAGCCAGAAAUAUUUUGGAAUGUUGAGGGAACAUGAUGGGGUUUUAUUGAUUUCCAAUUGAAUUUGGUUUGUCUUGUAGGAGGGGCUUCUGGUAUAAAGGAAGGAGGCAGAGGCUCCUCUGGCCAGAACAGUUUUGGCCUGGUGCUGGUGCUGGUGCUGGUGCUGGUGCUGGUGCUGGUGCUGGUGCUGGUGCUGGUGCUGGUGCUGGUGCUGGUGCUCAAUCUCAAUCUCAAUCUCAAUCUCAAUCUCAAUAGUCAGGGCAUUAUUUAGUCUUUUGUAUUGUUUAAUAUUUGUUUGGUAUGAUAAUUUGAAUAGUUUGUACUUAGUUUUCUUGUUUUGUUUUUGUUAUUUUUUAUAUAUUUUUGUAAUAAUUCACCCUUGCACUACUGCACUUUCCACGUGAGAGGGGAAGAAAUAAAUCAAAGCACCAGGUGAAGAACACCUGAGUCCAUGUCUCAUCCUUCCAUCAUGGGGCUAAACCUUACUUUCAAAUGGUGCCCCAUUUGUAAGGAACAUGCCUUUGUGGGAUGAGCAGCAGUGCUAAGUAUGUGGGUUGCACCCAUGAAAAAGUUUCCAAAUCUUUUCUGACAAUGCCAAACAGCUGAUUCUUGUUUGAUGGAUUGGAUGAUUGAAGUUUGA